AUUUUCUAGAACGAAUGAGGAAUUGGGGGAGCUUUUAACAUUUUCUAGAACGAAUGAGGAAAAUUGGGGGAGCUUAGUCUAAAUCUACCGUUUAGAAAAGCGAGUUUUGACUGUUUGGGGGGGGAAGAAAUUAAUGGAAGACCCCGCAUGAAAUGCAUGAUUUGGCGAGAAAAUUUUGGAAGAAAAAACGAGGCUAUCUGGAAGAUUGAGGGCCUCGUAUGGUCGGUCUCCAAGGCCAAGACCGCUGGUCUAAUCGGAUCACCAAUUUUUUGCAAUUAGUACUAGCAAUUAAACCGUUUUUUCCCUUUUCUUUAUAGAAGAAGCCUCCAUGGACCGUGGGGCUAAAAAAACCAAAAGUGAACGGUAGGGGUAAAAUAUGAUUAAUGUCGGGGCAUUCCGAGAAUUGAACUCGGGACCUCUCGCACCCUAAGCGAGAAUCAUACCACUAGACCAAAUGCCCAACGAUGCUAGCGUAGUUCCAAAGUUUUUUAUAUAAAAACAAAAUUUGAAGGGAGUUGAAAAGGUCCAAUUCUAACCCGAGGAAAAAGUUUCGCCCUUCCCAUUUUCUGCAACUCUCCGAGUCGACCUGGGUCCUCUUCAGUGAGAACAGAGAUAUGGUAAGAGCAGCCCUUCUUCACCUGCUCCGCUCCCAAACCAGACACUCCAUAACCCGAAGCUUUCAUUCAGCAGGAUACAAUGCUUCUAGGCUUGGAACAUGGUCGACCUCCUUAGGUCCCAAAUCCAACAUCAGCUCUUCCACCCAGCUCAUUGCGGUCCAGAGAAGAUGGGCAUCUCAAGCCACAGUGACAGAAGAUGCUGAAAAGAUCAGCAUUGGACCACGUAGAGGUGGAGAGACUGGGGAAGAUAAAAAGGACACGGGGGUUGUUUAUUAUGGUCCAAUCUCAUCUACCAUCAAGAAAGUAAAGCUGCUUUCUCUUUCUACCUGCUGCCUAUCUGUAUCUUUAGGCCCCGUGGUGACCUUCAUGACAUCUCCUGAAAUGAACGUGAUUCUAAAGGGGGCGGUGGCAUCCACAGUAAUAUUCCUGAGUGCUUCAACCACUGCUGCACUUCACUGGUUUGUGAGCCCCUAUAUUCACAAGCUCAGGUGGCAGCCUGGUUUGGACAGCUUUGAGGUGGAGAUGAUGUCUUGGCUGGCCUCGUACAUCCCACGAACUAUCAAGUUUGCUGAUAUUCGGCCACCAGAGACCAAUAGACCUUUCGUGACAUUCAAGGCCAAUGGGAAUUUUUACUUUGUUGAUACGGAUCAUUGUCACAACAAGGCUUUAUUGGCCAGACUGACCCCUCAAAAAGCUGCCCAUGAGUCUGCCCUAAAGAACUUGUGAUUCUAAAUUUGAUUGGAGAACUCUGAAGGGUUGCCUGUUUUGGUUGAACUAUUUUACAUAUAUUGUGGAGUCGUGCUGUGUCAUAGCGUUGGGUUAAUAUUGGAGGGCAUGCCUUCUUUGAGAAUUGUUCAAAUCAGAUUUUGGUUUACAAGAAAUAAUCGCAGCCUAGUGUUUUUUUUGUAGUAGUACAGAUUGAUAAAUCACAUUUUUUUGCAUGCUUGUAGCAAUUGCUCCCAUUUCGUACUAGUGUAUUUGCAACAUAAAGUGGUUUGAUUUUCUUCUUGAAA